GUGAAAACAACAGGAGGGAGAGAGAACGGGGAACAACUGUCAGGGAGGAUGUGCCGAAGGGUUUCUCCAGUUUAACAAUUCCGGACGGUGAUCGGAAAUGACUUUCCAUCUCGAAUCUUGUGAGUGUGACUUUAAGACAGAAAUAUCAACCGAGGUGAGACUGAGAGAGUUACAAUCGCUGACCCUAACGGGGAGGUUGCUCCAUCCCGAGGGGCUUCUGGACGUUCUCGUCUGCGUGGUGGAGGAGCUAAGCCGCUCCGUUUUGUCGCGAGAGAAACACGUCCAGGAUUUCCUCGCCUGGGCUCAGCCCAUCGCGAGUGAGGUGAAAGCGUUGCAGCUUCAACAGGACGACUUUGAAAUCCUGAAAAUCAUUGGCAGAGGAGCGUUCAGUGAGAUUGCCGUAGUCAGGCUGAAGUACACGGACAGGGUGUAUGCGAUGAAGAGGAUGAACAAGACGGACAUGUUAAACCAGAAGGAGACUGUUCAUUUCCGUGAGGAACGGGAUGUCCUCGUCAAUGGGAACACUCAGUGGAUCACCAGAUUACACUACACCUUUCAGGAUGAGCACCAUCUGUAUUUCAUCAUGGACUACUACGCUGGCGGAGACUUCCUCACUUUGAUGGGCAGGUUUGGUGAUCGCUUCCCAGAACCUAUGGCCCAGUUCUACCUGGCAGAGCUGCUACUGGCGAUAGACUCUGUGCAUCAGCUUGGCUUCAUCCAUCGGGACGUGAAGCCAGAUAAUAUCCUCCUGGAUGUGAAUGGUCACAUCAAGCUCGCUGACUUUGGCUCCUGUCUACGGCUGGGGGUUAACGGUCAGGUAUGGUCAGCUGUUGCUGUGGGUACUCCUGACUACAUCUCCCCGGAGAUCCUGCAGGCAGUGGAAGACCCCUCAGCGAUGUACGGCCCGGAGUGUGACUGGUGGUCGCUCGGCAUCUGCUGUUACGAGAUGCUUUUCGGACAGACCCCCUUCUACGCUGAGACCCUGACUGAAACCUACAGGAAGAUCCUCAACCACAGGGUGAGGGACAAGGGCGAGACCGUGGGGUAG